UGCACCACACCAUUCUUCAAAACUAAUUAACCUCUCUCUCUCUCUCGUUUCACUUUCUCUUUCUCUCUCUCUAACUCUCUCCCGUCGUCACACCGUAAAAAAAAAACAAAAAGAAAAAUCCGACGGGAGAGACGAACAUAGGAAUAAACCAUAAUGGGGAAAGGAGGACGUGAGAAGGUAUCAUCAAAGGAAGAAGACGGAGAAAGAGAAGGAGUCAUGGCUACAGAUUUCUUUUGGUCUUACACUGAUGAGCCUCACGCUUCGAGGCGACGUCAGAUUCUGUCUCGUUACCCUCAGAUUAGACAACUCUUUGGUCCUGAUCCAUGGGCUUUCGUCAAGAUCACGUUAGUAGUUGUUCUUCAACUUUCAACAGCUGCAAUCCUUCACAACUCAGGAUGGCUCAAGAUUCUAACCAUUGCUUACUUCUUUGGAUCGUUCCUCAAUCACAAUCUCUUCUUAGCAAUCCAUGAGCUAAGUCACAACCUCGCCUUUUCAACUCCUGUCUACAAUCGUUGGCUCGGUAUAUUCGCCAACCUCCCAAUCGGCGUACCAAUGUCAGUAACUUUCCAAAAAUACCAUCUCGAGCAUCAUCGGUUCCAAGGAGUAGACGGUAUUGACAUGGACGUUCCUACUUACACAGAAGCUCAUUUAGUAACCAAUAUCUUUGCCAAAACCAUAUGGGUCUUCUUACAACUCUUCUUUUACGCUCUUCGUCCACUCUUCAUCAAACCAAAACCACCCGGUUACUGGGAGUUCAUCAAUUUCUUCAUUCAGAUUGGUUUAGAUGUCUCAGUUGUUAUCUUGUUCGGAUGGAGAUCGUUCGCGUAUCUAAUCCUAUCCACGUUUGUUGGAGGCGGGAUGCAUCCAAUGGCGGGACAUUUUAUCUCAGAACAUUAUGUUUUCAACCCGAACCAAGAGACUUAUUCGUAUUACGGUCCAUUGAAUCUGCUAACGUGGAGUGUCGGGUACCAUAACGAGCACCAUGAUUUCCCGAGGAUACCGGGAAAUAAGCUGCAUUUGGUAAAUGAGAUUGCAAGAGAGUACUAUGAUGGUUUGGAGUCAUAUAAGUCAUGGUCACAAGUGAUUUACAUGUAUAUUAUGGAUAGAACAGUUGGACCUUUUAGCAGAAUGAAGAGGAAGCUCUCAACUACACAGAAGUCUGACUAAUUUACUUUCUUCUUUUUCUUCUAUACUUACACUUUUAACAUCAAACUCUGUUUUGUAUGAGAGGGGUGUACAAUCGUUGAUUUUUUUACCUUGGAGAACAAAUUUGUGAUAUUAGGACUAAAUUACUAUAAUAGA